AUGGGGUUUGGCCAAAGUCUAGUGCCUCUCGUUCUCGGAAUCCUCGGCCUCACGGCCUUUCUUUUCUUUGAAGGGCUCUUCGAAGGCAAACGCUUCUGUCGUGAGCCAGCGAUGCCUCUUCACCUGUUUAAGAACCGGACAUCGACGGUGGCAUUUAUCUUAACCUUUCUUCAUGGCAUAAUGACUGUCUGGGUUCUGUAUUUCUUACCAGUCUACUUCCAAGGUGUUCGUCUGUCGAGUCCAAUCCGUUCCGGAGUUGAACUGCCACCAACAGCCCUGUUCAUGACCCCAUUUGCAGCCGUGGGAGGUGGCCUGGCGGAGAAACUGGGAAAAUACAAGCCCAUUCACGUUAUCGGAUUUGUUCUCAUGACAGUCGGCCUCGGAAUCUUCAGUUUGCUUCACCAGCAUUCAUCAACUGCAGAAUGGGUCAUCUUCCAGGCCAUCGAGGCGGCUGGCUUGGGCCUGAUCAUCAGCACUGUACUGCCUGCUGUCCAGGCGAAACUCUGUGAUGCAGACACUGCCAAAGCAACAGCAACAUGGCAAUUAGUCCGCAGCUUCGGUCUUGUUUUCGGAAGCACCAUUCCGGCCUCAGUGUUUAACACCCAUUCGGGCCAGCUCUCCUCCAUUAUCCGUGAGCCAGCGAUCAGGAAUCAGAUUUCCGGCGGGCACGCGUACGAACAUGCCAUGCGGGCAUUUGCGCUGUCCGUGCCCACCACAGAUGGAUUGCGCCAGCAGGUUGGUAUUGCCUUUGGGAUUGGUGUCCUCCUUGUCUUUCUAGAUGAACAGGUUGAACUUCGCAAGGACCUGAAAGACGACUUUGGAAUUGAAGAGAAGAUCAAAGGAAGUGAGGAUGUCUUCUCCAACCACGGAGCCAGAUCGAUAUAG